GUAGCUCAGUUGGCAAGAGGAAUGUUGAGAGUACCUCUCAUGAGGUCAGCCUUUGCGCCUCCCGGAUUCGAUUCCUGCGGCUGGUUCCUGAAUUUGCCUCCUCAUGGUGUGUGGAUAGCAUCACAGGGCGUGGGAUUAGUCGUGGACUGGGAAACGGACGCGGACACCCGGCGUUAUUCAAAAGAAAGAAAAAAAAAUUAAAACUUCAAAUCGAAGAAAAGCUAUUUCCCACACGUACCGGCGACGCUGAUAUUCUUCUCCAGCCACGUAGCCUCCCCAGUGGGUGCCGCGUCCAAAAAAGCCGUCUCUAGAUCUCCCUUCCUUUACGAAUGACUUCGCCCCUGCUCAAACCCCUUAAUAAAUACCGAGCUACUCUCCCUCUGCACUUCCCCCCAUCACUUGCAUCCUUUCAAUCAAAAGCAAUCACCGAUUCUCGCCGGAGAAACGGACGGGUACCCAGUUCCAGAUAUCUGAGGAAGUUGAGUGUGAGCACAUAAGCAUUUACAUUACCACGUUUCAACAAAUAUCAAGAGAUGGUAGACAAUUCUGAAAUUGUGCAAAAGGGAAGUGGAAAGGUGGAAAAGGAAGAACUACAUGUCAAACUUAAGAGCAAGGAUGAAGAACAUAAUGAAGUGAAAGGGAAGACUGAGGUGGAACUUGAAUUGAAAACCAAAUCUGCUGAGAAAGAAGAGGUGAAAAAAAAGGAGGAUAAGAAAGAGAAACAUAAAGGGAAAGAUGAGGGUAAAUUGACGGACAAGGAAAAAGAGUCCAAUAAGAAAAAAGAGGGAAAGAAGAAGGAUGAAGAUGAAGAUGAAGGACAGAAGAAAGAGAAAGUUGAGGGUAAAAAGAAGAAAAAAGAGAGUGAGGAUGAUAUAAAUGAAGAGCCCAAGGAGGAAGAUGAAGCUAGAAAAACCAAGGAAAAAGACGCAAAGAAGAAAGACAAAAAGGAGAAAAAAGACAAGGAGAAGAGAAAGGACAAAGAUGGAGACUCAAAGAUACAAGAGGAUGAAGAGAAACACAAAGAGAAAGUGAAGGAGGACAAUGAAGCAAAGGAAGAGAAGGAGAAGAAGAAGCAUGAGGAUGGGAAAUGCAAGGAGAAGGAUGAUGUGAAGAAGGAGGACAAAAAAGAGGAGAAAGAAAAGGUCAAGGAUAAAGAAGACAAAAUAAUAGGAAAAUCCAAGGAAGAAGAAGAGAAAGACAAGGCCAAAGAGAAAGAAGAAGAAGUAGAAGGCAAAAAAGAAAAGAAGAAGAAGAAAGAUAAGGAGAAGAGAGAGAAGAAGGUCAAGGAUAAGGAGGAGGAGAAAGUAGGAGUUAAGGAAGAAGAAAAGAGAGACAAGGACAAAGAAAAAGAAGUUGAAGAUGAUGAAAAGGAUGAUAAGAAGAAGAAGAAGAAAGAUAAGGAGAAGAAAGAGAAGAAGAAGCACAAGGAUGAAGUGGAUGAGGGUAACACUCAGGUUACCUCAAGAGAGAUUGUAGUAGAGGAGGAUGUGAAAGAAGUAGGCAAGAAAGGUGGGGAGAAGAAGCAGGAAGAGAAGGGUGAGGAAGGAAAGAAGAAGAAAGGAAAAGAGAAGGAGAAAGGUGAGAAGAAAAGAAAACUUGAUGGGAAGGACAAGGGAAAGGAUGUUGGCAAGCUGAAGCAGAAGUUAGAGAAGAUAAAUGGUAAAAUAGAAGCUCUUGUGGAGGAGAAGGCAGAUAUAAUGAGACAAAUAAAAGAAGCUGAGGCUGAGAGUCCAGCCCUUGCUGAAAAGCCCAAAGAUUCAGCUGUGGCCACAGCCGAUGCAGCAGCAUAGCACUGUGCUGAAGAUGCAGAUGCUACCUGUUCAACCUCUACCGGUGCUGUUAAUAAUUUAAUAUAUGAGCGUGGUUGUGAAUAAAAUGUGUUUUCUGCUUUCUGACUUCCAAAAAAUGUUACAUUAUUGUUCCUAUGUUGUACAAAUUUUGUGCUCUGGUUGCCCAAACAAUAGGCAGGAAAAACUCAUCUUAUGCGGCUGUACUAUGUUCUGGUGUAUGGAAGUGUUCACUUUUGUGAUUC